AUGUUCUACCUCGAGACAUCGAUCAUCCGGAUGACGUCGGCCACCACAGAGCCGAUCGAUAGUGCGUCCUGCGACGAUUUCGACUAUGUAGGCGUUAUUUUCGUGUUGGCACGUAGCCAAGCGCGUGACUCCCGCCCGAGUGACGCUUUCUACAGUCAGGACGGUGCCUCAUUGACCUCAUCAGUCCUUCUAGUAGUGCUCUGCUUCACUUUUGCUGUUUCACCACCAAUAUCGAAACCAAGGGAGCUUGUUCCUAUGUGA